UCAGCAUAGCGAACAAGAAGGACCUCUACAAUCAUCUACUAAAUCGCGAACGGUACAACAAAAUGAUUCGGCCUGUAACCAACGAUAGUCAAGCUACCGUCGUAUAUUUGGGUCUGCGGCUUGACCAAGUGGUUGAUGUCGAUGAACGGAAGGAAGUGAUCACCACAAAGGUCUGGGUCGAGCAGGAGUGGACUGAUAGCAAAUUUACCUGGAAUCCCGAUGACUAUGGAGGUGUUCGUAUGCUCCAUGUGCCCGCAGAGGAGAUUUGGAAGCCCGAUAUCGUACUUUACAACAAUGCUGAUGGGAAGUACGAGAUCACGACCCUGACCAAGGCCCAGGUCUUCUACGACGGCUUAGUGCGUUGGAUGCCGCCAGCGCUCUACCUCACAUCCUGCAGGAUCAAUGUGGAAUUCUUUCCGUAUGACGAACAGGAAUGUUCCAUGCGCUUUGGCUCAUGGACCUACGAUGGUAGCAAAGGUACUCUGUCUACUGCUUUUACGGAGCCAGUGGGUAUAUGGGAUACACGUCAAAACAAAUUAAAAAAAUUGAUUUAG